AUGGCGAGCGAGCAACUUAUCCAGGAGGAGCUUCAAAGCAGCGCGGCUGUCUCGGAGCCAAGUGGAUCGUCGCACAUGGACGAUGACGAGAGCACCGGAACGCUCGACCGGGCCGCUCAGCUUGGCAUGACAAACGGCAUGAAGAGCGACGCCUCGGCUGGUGACGGCGAACGUUACACAGGAGAGGAAAGCGAGGAGCUGGAGGAGGAGGAGGAUGCCGAAGGGGAAGAAGACGAUGAAUUCCACGACGACGCAGACGAUUACGAGUCCGACGGCGCCGGCGAGGACGUCGAGGACGAGCUGGACGAGGACGACACAAUACUGCCGACAGCAGCAGGACGACGGCGCCUGCGUGUCAAAGACGAUGAUGGCGAAGACGACGAAGAGGAGGGCGAUGAAGACGAUGCCGAAGGGGAAGACGACAGCGAAGGAGGCCGCGACGAGGAAGAGGCGUCGGACGACGACGCCGUUGGCGACGCCGAGGGCGUAGGUGCGGUUAAGAUUCGGCCUGGUGAAACAGAGGACGACGAAGACGAAAGCGAAGCCAGCGCCGCUUCCGAGGAGUCCAGUGACGAAGAGUGGGAGGAGCAGGCACAGAACGCCGAUGACGACGACGAUGAGGACGAAGACGUGGAGGAGGAGGAAGAGGAAGAAGAGGUUGGAGACGAGGACGAAGGCGCAAGCCAAGUCGGUGCCGCCGCAGAACAUGUCUAUGACGACGAUGAAGAAGAUGAGGACGGGGCGGCGUUCAACUAUCACUUGGACUGCCUGUACUGCAGGCGAGGCUAUGGCAAACCCAGAAAGAGCGACCCGAAUCUCUGGACAUGUCCAACGUGUACAAACAGGGCGCAUGUGGAGUGCUCCUACCAACAUCAGGCACCCGACGGGUUUACUGCAGAGGAGCCAUGGCAAUGCCCGGAUUGUGUUGCGAAAAACCGCACAGAAGCAGGAGAUGCUGCUGUCGAGACGAUGGACGUUGAUGGAAACGGAACCCUCCAAACGACAAACGGAGCCGACGUCGUAAAUGGGACACCUCCAAAGACAGCAAUACAUGCGACACGCAAAGCCAACACGCCCAGGUCGUCGCCAGCAUUGCGUGGUUUAGGCGCAAAUACAGGCUCUGUCUCAGAGGACCAGACAGACGGUGCACCGCGGUCGUUGCGGAAACGGCGAACAUCGCCGGUCGAGAGUGUCGGCAGCGGCAUGUCCCUGCGCAAGCGCCGGAAGAAUGUGACGGCAGAUUUGAGCAUUGACGGAUUUACCGAUAUCCACAAUUCGACAGUGCCGAACUCGGCCCGCUCCCUGCGGAUAAAGCCGCCUGCCGCGUCGCAAGUUUCAGUUGUGAAAAAGACACGAGGCAGUCUCAUUCUCAAGAUCAAAGUGGCACCUGCCGACCUGCGCAGGAUCACAGUGAAGAAGCGCAAAUACACAAAGCGCGGCACAGCGCCACCAAGGAUCAGCAAAAAAGAAAAGAAACGACUCGAACAGUUGGCCGCGGAAAACGGACUGUCGGUCGGCAGCGAUGCUCUUCCUGUGAUGCCGUCCACCACCGCAUACACGCAGCCGUUCUACUCCUUCUUUGACAAGGACACAGACGAACAAAAGGGCAAGCCGUACGGUGGCAUUCUCACCGAGGCCGAGGCGGACACGUCCAAAACAUUCCCCACGCCGGACGACCGGCGGCGGUUUGACGAUGCGAAGCAAAAGGCCGAGGAGGAGUGGCGGGCGCGGCUGCUUGUCAUGCAGGCCGAGGCCGAGGCUACCCAGCCACCCAAGAAAAAGAAGGCCGCAGGCCCUGCCAGCCAAAUUGAGUGCAUCGAGUUUGGCGGGUGGGAAAUCGACACGUGGUAUGCGGCACCGUAUCCCGAAGAGUACAGCCGCAACCGUGUACUCUACAUUUGCGAGUUCUGUCUCAAGUACAUGAACUCGGACUACGUGGCGUGGCGGCAUAAGCUCAAGUGCCCGGCCAAGCACCCCCCAGGCGACGAGAUCUACCGGCACGAGUCCAUCUCGUUCUUUGAGGUGGACGGGCGGAAGAACCCGGUGUACUGCCAGAACCUGUGUUUGCUGGCCAAGUUGUUCCUUGGGUCCAAGACUCUCUAUUACGAUGUGGAGCCGUUUUUGUUCUACGUGCUCUGCGAGUACGACGAGUUUGGGUACCACUUUGUGGGGUACUUUUCCAAAGAGAAGCGCGCCAGCAGCCAAAACAAUGUCAGCUGUAUCCUGACGCUGCCCAUUCACCAGCGCAAGGGCUACGGCAACCUGCUCAUUGACUUUUCGUACCUGCUCACGCGGGUGGAGGAGAAGACGGGCUCGCCCGAGAAGCCGCUGUCCGACAUGGGCCUGGUCUCGUACCGGAACUACUGGCGCCUUGUCAUGUGCCGCUACUUGUUGGACGCGAUGACGGCCAGCAGGGGCGCCAAGCUCGGUCUGUCGAUCAAGCAGAUCUCGAACGACACAGGCAUGACGGCCGACGACGUGAUCUCGGCCCUCGAGGGCCUGCGGUGUCUCGUGCGCGACCCACAGACGGGUCUCUACGCGUUCCGGGUGGACGUGACCUACUGCCGCGAGUACGUGGCCAAAUGGGAGUCCAAAAAGUACGUGACGCUCAACCCGGCCGCUCUGACGUGGACGCCCUACGUAAUGGGUCGUGGUAAUGCCACAAACUUUGAGCUGGGGCCGGCGCUCACGGCCAUUGCACCGCGCGAAGAGGACGAAGAACCAAAAUCGGGCGAGCGGUUUGUGGCUUGCCUCGCCAACAGCGACAGCAUCUCGACACAAGGCGGCCUCACAAAUGGCGUUGCCGCGGACGCUGCGGCGACGACCGCAACUACAGAAGACAGCAAGGCGCUGGCCUCGUCCGCCACGGUCCUUGAGUCCACGGAGCCCAACGACAAGGACGGCAUUGUCCCCGAGACGAAAGACGAGGCGGAUACAAAGACAAACGGCGACCACAGCGCGGCAUCGGCAGCCACUUCAAGCAAAACCCUCGGAGCCGAUGGCGAUGCCGAUGCCGACGCGGAUGCCGAUAUUGAACCCCCAGUCGCCAACAUUAUGAGCGACAUCAAGUCCGAAGACAAGGACGAUGACGACAGUGAGGGCGACGACGUUGUCGGCAGUAAGAGCCGUGCCACGACGGCGCUCAACGGCAUGGCGACGCACGCGGCCCACGAACACCACGGUGCGGCGCCCGCGCCGUCCGUGGCGGGCACAGCCAAUGGCUCACAAAAGCAGGACGACAGCGGCAACGGCGGCGACUGGGCGGCAGCCUACAGCUCGGUCCCGACAACGCGGUUUGUCGUGUUCCCGCCGGUAUCGGCGCGCCGUUUGAGCAGUUAUCCACGGGCACCGAUCGGUCGGCCACCUGGCGCCCGCACAGGCAGCGGCAACCGCGCACGGAGUCGCCACAGCACCACGGGCCACGUCCGGCGGGCCGUGGUCAGCACGUCGCGGCCCAAGGCACCGAGCUCGUCCAAGAAAAAGACGGGCGGCACAGGCCGCGGACCUGGCCGGUGGCCCAAGGGCACCAAAAAGAGCGACUACGGGAAUGCCGACAGUGGGCCGGGCCUGCCGCCGGCCUGGCUUGCGCGCAAGAUUGCGGCAGCAGAGUCGCAUAAGGCAGGCUCGGGCUCGGGCUCGGGCUCGAGCUCAGGCGAUGCAGUCAAUGGCGGCCCCAAACACGAGGGUGAGGCGCACGAUGCCACGGCCUCUGCAGCCGCCGACGAUGCACAUCCGGCGCCACCCAUCACGCCGAGCCGCCAAUCCGCUGCCAGUAGCGACCAUGACGACGACGACGACGACGAGGCCGAUGCCGAAGGCGAAGACGACGACGAGCACACCGUGGCGGACACCGUGCAGGUGCACACGCCGACGCUGCCGACGCGGCUGGCGGACAAACGCGGCGGCGUGAACGGCGCCGUGCUGGCAUCCGGGACUCGGGGCCGGUCGUCACCGCGGCUGGGUAAGAUCAAGGCUGCGGCGUUGCACGACGGCGGUGAAGCUGAUACAGUGAUGGUGGAUGUGGGAGAGACAUAA